AUGAUUGUGGACUUCAGGAAGAGCACUGUCCCCCCACCCCCACCCUCCGUGAUGGACUCCCCCAUCACCUCUGUGGAGUCCUUCCGUUUCCUGGGCACCACCAUCACCCAGGACCUCAAGUGGGAGCCGACCAUCAGCUCCCUCAUCAAGAAGGCCCAGCAGAGGAUGUACUUCCUGCGGCAGCUCAGGAAAGCCAAGCUGCCUGCACAGAUGUUGGUGCAGUUCUACACGGCCAUCAUCGAGUCCAUCCUCACCUCCUCCAUCACCUCCUCCAUCACCUCCUCCAUCACCUCCUCCAUCCCCGUGUGGUUCGCUGGAGCCACAGUCAGGGACAAACAGAGACUACAGCGCAUUGUGAGCUCUGCAGAGGAAGUGAUCGGCCGCAGCCUUCCAUCGCUGCAGGACCUGUACGUCGCCUGA